AGAAGGAAGAGGAGAGGGAUCUCGAGCACCCAGGAAAAUCUCCAUCCACCACCUCCACGUCCACGGGCCCCCAGUAUUCGCAAGUGGUAACAGGGCCGCGUUUGCGUUUCGCCGCAACGCAAAAUCUGAAAUCAAAACCAAAAUCAAAUUUGUACCGGUUGGUAAAAAUAAAUAUUACUCCUGCGAGCCACAUGCACAUUAAUUGAUGUUCAACGGUAUCACAAACACAAGAUGAAUACCAAAAACAUGCAAAACGAUCCCAUGGAUGGGACAAAAUUUCUUGAGAUCUUGUCAACAAUAUCAUUGGGAGAAAUAUUACAAUUUGAGUUCCGCAAUAACCCAUCAAAAAAAUGGCAGUUAUUGAUAACCGCCACAGACGGAAAGUACGUUUGUAAUAUUUGCCAUGUUGUCCAAUUCGGUGACAAGAAUUUGUUUAGCCACCUUUGUGGUAAAAAACAUAACGCAGUAAUGGUAUCUGAACAACAAUUACAAAUAAGAGCUAGGACCGCUGGUGCUCCACAGAAAGCGGUUUCAGAACCCGUUAAAAAAGCACCGCCAAACCCCAAUAAUAACCAAAACAGCUUGUCCCCCGUUGUUAAAAAUCCCGUGGCUCCCAACAAAAAUGUUCAAAAUAGCAAUAACACUAAUACUGCGGUCAAGCCGACAGCUGGAAGUCCAGCUGUAAAAGCUCAACCCAUUCAAAAGAAAUUUCCAGCUCCUGGCGUGAACGCUCAAAAAGUUGCUAGCCCUAAUUCCGGUAUAAAUUCACCCAUUAAAAAGAAUAUUCCAGCCAAUAACCAAACACUUCAAAAAAAUAUUCAAGGCAAUAAUACACCCACUCAAAAGAAUACUUCAGGAAAUAAUAUUCCCGUUCCAAAAAAUACUUCAGGAAAUAAGACACCCGUUCAAAAAAAUACUUCAGGAAAUAAUACACCCAUUCAAAAAAACACUGCAGUAAAUAAUACAACCAUUCAAAAGAAAAUUAUAGGGAAUACUCCACCUACUCCAAGGAAUAUCCCGGUUAUUGGUACGAACACACAGAAAAAACCCAACCAAAACGCGGGAAAUAAUCAAGUAAAGAAACCUGUUGCUAAUGUGGCGAACACACCAAACUCUGGGGUCAAGAAGGGACUACAGUCAAUUACACCUGGCACAGCGGUUAAUUCGAACAUUUCAAAGAACACAGACGGUCCUGGGCCCAAGACUACUGAAGGCAAUACUAAUUCUCAGCCCAAACCUAUGAAUAAACCUGGUCAAAAUGCACAGCCCCCAUCAAAAAUUCAGACCCAACCACAAUCCCCAGCUCAAACAAAGCCACAGCCGAUCAAAACUGUGCAGAAUGCUAAACCGAAGACAGCGAAUCCAGAUAUUGUCAAGAAUCCGCUGGCCACAAAAAUUACUUGUGUACCGCUGGCCAAGCUAAUCAGCUCAAAUCCUGAGCCGCCCGAUGAAGAGGCCGAUGUCAUAAUUGUUGAAGACAAACCAAAAGAGGUUCCAAAAAGGCCGGAAGCUCAGAAAAAUGCAGUCCCAGUUCAAGCUACAAAACCAAUUAGUUCGAUCCCCGUUCAAACAACAAAGCCGAAUACUUCGAUACCCAAUCAAGCAACGAAACCGAAUACUUCGAAUGUAGUCAAAAAUCCAACCAGAAGUGUUGUGCCCCCUGUUCGGCAAAAUAUAAGUAAGGCAAUAGCACCUUCUUACGCUGCUCCAAAGGAUUAUGCACCAGCUAGGUACACUGGUGGCACAUUUGAAUCCAGGCGACAAAAUGAUGUAAUGGGUCUCGUUGGGGUUGAGUACGUUUUGAAAAUAGUAAGGAACCUGGCCGAUAGGCAUCCGAGAUACCAAUGUUGUUUAUGUGAGAUCACUUCUGAUGAGCAAUCGAUGCACAACCUGUUGGGCUACAACCACCGUCUAAAGUAUUUUGACAAGCAUUUCCCGACUGCAAUGCGUCAGUACCGUCAGUAUGUUGCCCAGGUGCCGGAGGGCGAAGUCUGCAAAAUAAUGAUGCCCAUUUUUGAUAAGCUUGCAAUGGCCAUUGAAACCCAUCACGGUCGAAAAACUUCCCACCUGUGCUAUGAACAUGAAUACAAUAAGGAUCGCCAAGCUUGUUUCUCUGAGGUGUAUAAUAGAAAGCAUUCAUCAGAAAAGAUGGGGCCGUCGUUCACCCAUGUCGUUGACGCCAAAGAGGUUGACGAAUUAAUUGAAAAUGCUAGGAACAAUAUACAGCCCUUGAUGAACAUGGAAAAUCCGAAUCCGUAUUACAUUCCACCAUACGGAUCUCAGGCUCCGCCUAAUUAUGUCCGCUACAAUAAUGCGCCGCCAAAGAAUACAGCCCAGCCUGUUGAUGACGAAACGCACAAACGUAUGGUUGAGAACUUCCUCAGGGACACCAGAAAAACUUCGGGCGAUGUCCAGAAACCCCGAAACCCAAAACGAAACCGUUCAAGGUCCAAUUCGCCGGUUCAGAGGAAGAGAGUCACCCAGAAAAGGCAUUGGAAUGUGGAGCGCAGGUCAGUGUCUCCCUUGCGCGAUGGGGACAUUUGGCAGGCAUACCGCCACAUGGUGGAUCUCAAGGUGCGUGAUCUAAACGUGAACUUUGACACAUACAAAUCUGACCCUGAACUGCAUCCGAACUAUCAGACAGAGUGGCAAAUGUUUUGGAAGCGCCGCAAGGAUGAACUUACACAGGCUGGUAUCAAUCAUCGUUCUUAUAACUUCCAGAACGAAUGGAUUCAUUUCUUUAAUGCGCGUAUCGAAGAAUUGUACAAUCAAGAAAUUGAAAAUAUCAAAAUAAAAUGCCGCGAAAGGCUGUGUUUGCCAAUGACCAAUAACGAACUAGCCAACGAAAAGUAUCACGUUCAUUUGCCCCAAACUACCGAGUCCGAAAUGAGUAAUCCCGAAUCUAACAAAAGUCCUGAGAAAAUGCCCACGGAAGUGGAUCCUCCUAUUGUGGAGCCACCGAAUGUAAUUCACGUCCUUCGUCUUUUAACUGCUUUGGAGAACUACCUUGGAAGUUUGGGUCCUUUCAUUACAGAAAUGCUUGUAAAAGCCUUGCAAACCCAGAAGAUUUAUCCAGAAAAAGUCCACUCUUUAAUUUUGACAGCUGAAAACUGUGCCAUUUUGGAAACAGUAAAAGAAAAGUUUACAGGUCUCCUGAUCUCCCAAAUUUAUGAUCCCGCUAAGGAACGGGCUUUGAAGAAAGCGAUUAAUGACACCGAACUUUUGCUUCAAGAAGCCAGUAAACAUAACAUUCCCAAUAAUACCGCUCAGCGGAUUGAGAAACCAGAUUUGCCGAUUGCUAACAAGAAUCCAUAUAGCCCCGACAAGCCAUUGGAUAAAACUGAGCUUGCGGCCAAGCUGGCUUUCUUAAUGUCCCAAGGCAAAACCUCGAUUAACCGCGAAGAACUUCAGAAAAUACUUCAAGUAUAUAACAUGAUUGAGCAGAAGAAACGACAGGACAUACCCUCUACCAGUUCGGUAAAUUCUGUGCCCAGCGCAUCCAAUAACUUGAUCCCGAACACAAAUAACAAUGGUAACUUGUUGACACAACCCUCGACUAGAAAUUUAAACUUUGCGAACAAUGCAAACAACUCUAACAACGCGACCAGUAUGUAUACUGGUCAAAACUACUCCGGAAAUGUGGCUCGCUUUAACAACCAACAAAACACUAACACACCUAACACCUUAACAUCAAGCGCGUAUCCGACUGAUCGUGGAUUUGGCGGAUCUGGCGGAUACCAAAGCGGUCAAUUUGGCACUGGAGUACGCAUUAAUCCAAGCAGCGUUUUGCGAAACGAUUUAACUACGUCGUCGCUGUUCAACUUCAACACCAAUUUGAACCCAUCUUACAACCUUAACCGGAGGAACACUAAUUUUUAAUAGAUAGCAUAUAAAUGAAUUAGAAUUAUACACGAAAUUUACAUGGAAUCCUUAUUAAUGUAACCACAUAAUUUUCAAAUCAGCUACAUUCAUUGAAAUUUGUACAACAUUUGAGCAAUGUAAUGUAAAUAAAUCGAUUUUAUAAUUGAAAAAAA